ACUAAAUAUCUGACGAGAUGGGGAAGGAAGAAAAGCUUAUCAACACUGGUGACAGUGAUUGUAAACUCUUUCAUACCAGACUCGGAAAAACAGUUUGUAAGCAAGAAUGUGCUGGCUGGCAGCAGUCACAAACAAUACAACAAAUCGCUACCAGUUUUUCUGAAAGAUAAACCAAAAAAAUUCAUCAAACAUGUGAUGGACCGGUGGGAUAGAGUGGAGGCUACCUCCAUUAAAGAGAAUGGGUGUGAGUUCACUGUAGGUGAAUAUACGGUAAACCUUUCAAACCCAACAUGCUCUUGUCUCGAUUUUAAAGAUCGAAAUUGGCCAUGCAAGCAUAUGCUUGCAAUCAUAAUGCAUUGUCCAAGCCAUACUUGGGAUUCUCUUCCAACACAGUAUACAAAGAGUCCAUGUUUUAACCUUGACAAAGACUGUCAAUCGUUAGACAUCGUGUCUGAAGAAAGAUCUGUUGUUCUUUCAAAUGACAAACUUCGUGACAAAUGUCUCACUGUAUUAAAAGAAGCCACAAAUGCAUUGUAUACAGUGGACAGUGCAGACAUCCUUGAAAGUGUCCAUAAUGAGGUUAUUAAAUUGAAAGGUAUCAUCGAAAAAGGUCAAUACACAGGUGCACUUCGUGAAAAAGAAAGAAGGAAUAAAAGACCUACAAAAAGAGCACGGAUGCAAAUGAAGCAAACAGAACAAAUACACUCUGAACAAUCUGAAAUGGAGGAUGAAAUAGACAGAGUGUUGUUUGACAUCUGGGACCAUCCAGAGACACGUGAACAGAUAUUGAAGGUCGGUUCUUUCACCGUAUGGAACAACUCGUUCCAUUUUCUGAAGACCAUGCUUCCCGAUGAGAUAAUGGAUGCAUUUUUACAUCUGCUGUGUUUGCCUUUGGAUGGCAGUCUCCAUGUAGCAAGUACAGUAUGGACUGCCAUAUUUUUGGGACAAGACCCUGAUAAACACAGGUAUUUAAGCGAGGUGCAGAUACUGGAGUAUGAUCAUCUGGUUGGAGCAGUCAAUGAGGGUGGAUUCCACUGGUCUCUUAUAGUUGUGCAACCGAAAGACAACAAAGUAUUGUACAUAAAUCCGAUGGGGGAGCAGAAUGUUUCCCAGCAACAGAUCCUGCAACACUGGAUUAAAUUUGUGCACAUUCGGCGCUCAUCCAGCAUUGAUAUGGGCGGACCAACACAUUGGAACAUACUCUGCCCACGUCAUGCAAAACAGUCAGAUUCAAUAUCUUGCGGUGUCUACGUUUUAAAGUUAGCAGAAUGCUACCUGCAGAAUCAAUCCUUAGAGUUUGUGCUCAGCAAAACACAACUACUAGAAGAACGGAGACGAAUAGCCAGAAGACUGCUUUCUGAAGGGGAAAUCAUUGGAGGUCAUCUAGAAGAGAUAGCAAGUAGCCCAUCAGUUGAACAUGAGCACUUGGACCAGCUGACAAACACCUCUGCCAUGGAGAUGGAAGUGCCAGACACUGACCCAGUAGUGGAUGAUGUGGCAACAACCAGGCACUUGGACCAGCUGACAAACACCUCUGCCAUGGAGAUGGAAGUGCCAGACACUGACCCAGAAGUGGAUGAUGUGGCAACAACCAGGAACUUGGACCAGCUGACAAACACCUCUGCCAUGGAGAUGGAAGUGCCAGACACUGACCCAGUAGUGGAUGAUGUGGCAACAACCAGGGAGUCAAGAUAUCCAGUCAGAGCAAGUACAUCAAAGGCACCUUUUCGCAGAGAGUCCUUUAUUUAUUAUGGACCUAAGAGAGUCAAAGAAACUCAUUGUCUGUGCAACAUGCCGGAUGAUGGAAGAGAGUACUGGCAGUGUGAAGGAUGCCUUAAAUGGUUCCAUCCGGAAUGUGUUGGUGAGUCGGUGGAACCAGAAAAGUACACAUGCGCAUCAUGUUCACACAAGGAUCUUCCACAGGAAAAGAUAUUUGAGAUUCCAGAACUUUUCAAGACUAUUAUAGAUGAGGAGGAACAGGGUGAGGGCACAUUUUUUAUCUGUGCAAAGGACGCCUGUGAUAAUAUGGCUGCAGGAAUCAGCAGAGCCAGCAUGAUAUUGAACCAUGUAGGAUCAUCAAGCCCUCUUCCAUGGAUGAAUUCUGCUAACCAGUUUAUGGCAGGCAACCGGCAAGUGAAAAAUGGGUUUGGAUUUGCCAUCUUCAGCUGUGUGGCCAUAGAGUGUGUGAGACACUACAUUAAAGACGAACUGAUGGAACAGAAUGAAGAUGAACCAUACUAUUCUGUCGUAAAACAGUUGCGGGGGGUUAAAGAUCCCAACCUCAAAGCUUAUCUUGCAAAGGAUAAAUACAUGCACAACGAAUUUAUCACAGAAGUGCUGCUUCCUGAAGCCUUGAUAGGCAUUUUCCAAGCCUUUACUAAAUGCAGCUACCAAGAAGCCCAUACUGAAUGCAGUUGUGUCGUUGGACAAUCUGCAUUAAAGGCUUUAAAAAAUGCCUGCGAAAUAAGUGAGUCAAAGCGGACACAGUUGAUGAGGAAAUAUGCAUCCAGCAUUGGAAGCUAAAUUUUUCUUUAAAAAAAUACAAUUAAUUUAAUGAGGUAGUUUACAUAAUGCCCUGUCUGUUGGUUUGUUUGUUUGUGCAAACCUUAGCAUUUGCAAUAACUUUUGCAAUAUUAAAGGUAGCAACUUCAUAUAUAGCAUGCAUGUGUAUCUCAUGGAGCUACACACUUUGAGUUGUGUAAGGUCAAGGUAUUCGUUUUUUUGGUAAAAUUGAUGAAUAAAUAUGACAUCUCUUCGCAUUGUUUUAAAAUUAAUACACAACUUGUUUCAGAAACAUUGUUUAAUAACAUUAGAUUGUCAUUUAUUCAAUUUGAAAGUUGUCAAAAGUAAUUAUUUCUCCCUAUACGGUAGCUUUAGGUAUAUGUGAUAUAUCAUAAGAAAACUAAUCUUCAUUGCAUUACAAAUUAAUUAAGCAUUCUUUACAUUUGCUUUUAUGACACAAAAAAAACUAGUUUAGACUUAUAAAAUUGAUCAAAUAAUUAUUUGAACAUAAAGUUUGACCAGACUGUACAAUUUAAACACAAAAGUUUAUAACGACAUGUAUCUUGUGCUUUGCAUUUGUUAAAAAGUUGCCUUAUAAUUGUGCGAACCAGGUCUUCUCAAAUUAAAAAUGCAUCUUAUUCAAAGGUGAUCAGAACUAAAUGUGUUUUUUUUUAAUAAUUCAGGGAUAAAAAAAUCAGACUAAGAAACCAUAUGCAAUAAUUCAUAGUCUGUAGUCCUCACAGAGAGAAACUUCAAUAAACAAUAUGUUGUUAUUAUAUAAUACCUUCGUGUUUGCCUCACGGUUGCCUAUUGAUUUGUUUAAAAAUAGGAAGUUUAUAAUGAGGUAUAUAACACACAGAAAUUUCAUAAUUGAAUCAUUUUAUGCUCCUCCAAAAAAUUCUUGUCUGAGCUUUUUCUCAGCAACUUGUUACGGGAAUUCAAUGAAACUUUAUGGGAAGCUUCACUUCCAACAGGAGAUGUGCAUGUUAUCAGCCAGUUAUGGUCGGAUGAUUUUUCACAGAGUUAUGGCCCAUUGAAAUUUUCCAUUAACUGUAAAUAUUGUGCAUUCUUGUUCGGGCUAUUUCUCAGCAACUAAUGUCUGCAAUUGAAUGAAACUUUAUGGGAAGCUUCACUACCAACAGGACAUGUGCAUAUUAUCAGCAAGUUAUGGUCGGAUGAUUUUUCAUAGAGUUAUGGCCCUUUGAAAUUUUCAAUAUACUGUACAUAUAGUGCAAUUCUUGUCCGGGCUAUUUAUCCCCAACUAAUGACUUGAAUUCAAUGAAGUUUUACGGAAAGCUUAACUGCCUUGAAGAGAUGCGCGUGUUAUUUGUGGGUUCUGGUAAGAUGAUUUCUUUAGAGACUUAUGGCCCUUUGAAAUUGUUAAGAUGCUAAACCAUCCAUCGUAUUAUUUUGUCCAAAGUUAUGCCCCUCAAGAUGUUUCCUUUUAUCUGAAUAUAUAGUGCAAUAUUGUGACAAAAAAAAACUUUGUGGAGCUUCAUCCGUCUCUGACGGCUUGUUUUAGUUAAAUAUUAUUUGUAAAUCCCAUAUUAAUAAGUUGUUACCAUUAAGUUUUAUGUUUUGCUAUGAAAGUAAAGCAUUUGAUAAUUGUAAGUUGUUUUAUAUAGUUCAAUUGAAUGUCUAUUGUUUUGUUUUAAAAUAGGCAACAUUUUGUGAUGCUGACAAUUAGAUCAACAUCAUAAAUUCUUAACUUGCAUUUCAGACAAAGACCAAAUAUGAAAAAAAUCAUUGUUUUCUGUCUUCUGAGAAAGAAACUUUAAUAAAAACAAAUAUAUAUCAGGUCAGGCAAUACAUAUGUUUGUGUCUUAGUAAUAUCACGGUACUCACUUUUAAAUCACUAUUAUAGCUUUGUUUUGCCUCACGAUUGCUUAUUGUUUCAUUUAGAAAAGGCAGUCUAUACUGAGGUAUAUAACACACAGAAAUGUCAUAUUUGAAUAAUUUUCUAUUUAUUGUAGCACUUGAUAAAUGUAAGUUCUUUAUUUAGUUCAUUCGAAUGUCUAUUGUUAACCAAAUUUUCCAAGGGAAAAACUGUUUAUUAUAUUGGCAGAUGUCAGAUGUUUAUAUUUUUAUAAAUAUAUUGCAGUUUUUCAAUUUCAACCGUACCUGAAUAUAUGCAAUGUCAACAAGUUUCGAGUAAAUUUAUCAAAAUUAGAUAUGUCAUCACAUAGAUUAAAUAUCGAGACAGGCAGAUGGGCUAGACCUACACCAAUUCCAUUAGAUCAAAGAAAGUGUACUGUUUGUAAUAAACUCGAAGAUGAGUUUCAUUUUUAUCUUGAAUGUACAAUAUAUACUGAACUGAGAUCAAAAUAUAUUCCAUUGUAUUACAGACAACGACCAAACAUGUACAAAUUUAUCGAGCUAAUAACAUCAAAUAAUUAACUAUUAAUAAGAAAAUUUAGCUGUUAUAUUUAUCACUCUUUUAAGGUUCGAACGCAUAAUACAUAUGUGUCAUCAAUUUGAUUUAUUCUGAAAUGUUUUGUGCGGUACAUAUCUUGUUGUAACUUUAAUUGCAUUUAGUAUGUACUGCAUAUUAAUUGUUGGGAUAGUACCUCAUAUGUAACGUGUUUUUAUUCACGUGUUUUUUAAUCUGUCUUUGUGUUUUAACGGUCACCUUCAAUGGACUGUCAAAACUGUAUUUGAAUGUAUUUAAUCAAUUGCCAUUAUUAUCUUUUUAAUUAAGGUUAUAUUAUAGUAUCGUUUCUGUUCCUAGAUGUAUUCUACGAUAAUAUGGCUGCAUUUUUAGAACUGUUAUGCACUGAUUUACAACUAUUAUGUCACAUUAAAUACUGUACUUGUACCAUCUAUAUUUUCAUAGAGCAUACUACAUGACCUUUUGACCAUCUACAUUUUUGAUUGCGUAGGUGGUUUGUUUAAGGUUUAUGAAAUGCUUGUUUUUAAUAUCAAACGCAACCAGUUAAAACAUUUUGUUUCUCGUGUUUGUUUAACUACAGACACCUUGUCAUAAUGUCAUAAUAUCAGUUUAAUUAAAUAAUAUGUUGUUCUAUGAGCAGAGCCUUUGAGCUGCCAAUAUUUUCGUUUCGCAUAGGUAGCAAGCAAGGGCUAAUUCUUAUGAAAUUGAUACAAGCAUGAAAAAAGAAUAAUUGAUAUUUAGUUAAAUACUGUGUGCUAUCACGUGAAACGAAAUUUGUUACGCUAAGGUUAGUAAAACGUGUUAUUAUUAUGACAAUUGUCAUGUGAAGUGUGAAGACCCAAUAUAUGUACAAUUUGCUUAUUUGAUAUUUUGUUGUCAUAAUUAAGGUCCAUUACAAAUGAUGUAAUACAACCUAUUCAAUUACAUACAUACUAUCAAUAGUUAUUAAUAUAAUUAUACCUAUAUUUAUGCCCCCCUUCGAAGAAGAGGGGGUAUAUUGCUUUGCUCAUGUCGGUCGUUCUGUCGGUCGGUCCGUCCACCAUGUGGUUUCCGGAUGAUAACUCAAGAACGCUUGGGCCUAGGAUCAUGAAACUUCAUAGAAACAUUGAUCAUGACUCGCAGAUGAACCCUAUUGAUUUUGAGGUCAUUAGGUCAAAGGUCAAGGUCAUGGUGACCCGAAAUAGUAAAAUGGUUUCCGGAUGAUAUCUAAAGAACGCUUAUGCCUAGGAUCAUGAAACUUCAUAGGUACUUUGAUCAUGACUCGCAGAUGACCCCUAUUGAUUUUCAGGUCACUAGGUCAAAGGUCAAGGUGACCCGAAAUAGUAACAUGGUUUCGGGAUGAUAACUGAAGAACGCUUAAGCCUAGGAUCAUGAAACUUGAUAGGUAAAUUGAUCAGGACUUGCAGAUGACCCCUAUAGAUUUUCAGGUCACUAGGUCAAAGGUCAAGGUCACAGUGACAAAAAACAUAUUCACACAAUGGCUGUCAUUACAACGUAGAGCCCAUAUGGGGGGCAUGCAUGUUUUACAAACAGCCCUUGUUAAUUAAACAUGUAUGAAUUGUUGCAAUGCAACAUAUUUUUUUUCUUUUUCUUUUUUGUAAAUUCAUGUAUUAUUUAUGUUGUAAACACUGUAUGCUUACUUAGUCCACUUGGGCUUUUGGCUUUCUGGAUGUGUUGUUUAAUAAACAAUAAACAAUAUGUAAGACAUAUCAAACGUACUGAUAAAUACUAUUGUUUAUAUAGCAUUCAACAUGACUUUUGGACCAUGUAUAUGUUAAUUUCGUAGGUGACCUGUACAGGGUUUAUACAAUGAUAUUAAAUAUAAAUUAAUAUCAAACGUUGUCUUUUCAGUGCAUUUUGUUGUGUUUGUUUAUUUAGAUAAUUGAACUGAUUUAUAACAUCCAUUUAACAAAGUUCAUUGUUUCCAGAGCCUAUAUUUCCGUUUCGUACAGGUAGACUGUACGGGCCGACGUUUAUGCGAUUAUUACAUGCAUGUGUUUUAAUUGACUUUUAUUUUAGAAGAUCUGUCAACAAGUCUUUAACAAGCCUGUUACUAUCACAAACUGUUCUACUAACCUUAAACAUAUGAUGUAUAUAUAAAUGUACUAGUAACAUACAAAUAUUCAUAAUAAAACCGACUAUGUUAAUUCUGAUUAGUACAAAGUGUUUUUAUUAGUACAUCUUGCUUAUGGAGACCUAAUAAAUGUAAAUUACAUUAUAUUUUGUAUAUUGCAUUAAAUUGAGUUUAUUAGCCUCAUACACUCUGACGCACUUAGGAUAUAUUUAAUUACAUGUAUACUUUCGAUAAUUAUUUAUGUUCUAGUGUAAUGUAUAAUAACUCAUAAUGUAUAAUAAAUCAUGUAUGCACCGUUGUAACCAAACGAUUUUAUUUCUUUUCAUGACUUUAUUUUGUAUAAUCAUAAACUGUGUAUUGUGUAAACACUGUAUCAUGUAUGCUUGAUUUGUCCACUUGGGCUUUUGGCCUUCUGGAUGGAUUGUUUAAUAAACUAUGUUCU